AUGAACUCAAGAAAACCAGUCUUUUCCAAAUAUGCCCCUCCCCUCAAGCUCAUUAUCUACGGCAUGCUCCUCGCCUUUCUUCUCCUCACCUGCCUCGCCGUGAUCUGGAACAAAUCCUACCCGAACCUUAGCACGGCCGCCCUGGGCCGGCAACAGGUGGAAGAAUGCCGUGUUCCUGAGUAUAGGCGAAAACUCAUCCCCCAGCUGGAGCCCUUGAUAUCAGAGGAGCCAUUGGAGAUAUGGGAGGGACUCGGCAAGCAAGAGAAGAACGUCAAAUACCUCCCAUCCAUGGUCGACUUGAGCACCAACUCACGAUUCAUCUAUAUCGACCUCGGCGCCCGCGACUACGACUCCAGCAUCGGCAGCUGGUUCCUCAAACAAUACCCAAAACAGAACAAAACCUUCGAAAUCUACGCCGUCGAAGCCGACAAAGCCUUCCACAAACAGUACGAAUCAAGAGAAGGGGUCACCCUCUUGCCCUACGCGGCCUGGGUGAAGAACGAGACGGUGGUCUUCGGCAGCAAGCCCAUAAUCGUGAAGGACAAAGUGUGGAGAAUGCGGCCGUUCGGCCGAAUCGAAGGGCAGACAGCGGAGGCAGAUGGGCUUUCGGCGGUGACGAGAGUUCCGGCGUUUGAUUUCGUGGAUUGGCUAAAGAGGACGGUGCGGGAGAGGGAUUUUGUGGUGGUGAAGAUGGAUAUAGAGGGGACAGAGAUCAGAUUAGUGAAGGAGUUGGUGGAGAGGGGGGCGAUGUGCUUGAUCGACGAGCUGUUCAUGGAGUGCCAUUUCGAUCGGUAUGUGAAGUGUUGUUCGGGUGAGAGGAUUAACAGGUUUAAUUACUCGUAUGCUCAGUGUUAUGAUCUGUUCUUGCAACUGAGGAACAAGGGUUGUGCUGUUCAUCAAUGGUGGUGA